GGUCCGCGCGGCUUCUCUGACGCGCCCUUGCCCCGCAGCGUGCUGAGCUACGCGGCCGGCAUCGCCUGGUUCCUGGCGCUGGCCUUCCCGCCGCUGACGCAGCGCACCUACAUGUCGGAGAAUGCCAUGGGCUCCACUAUGGUGGACGAGCAGUUUGCAGGCGGGGAGCGGGCCCGAAGCUUAGCCCGCGACUUCGCCGCGCACCGCAGGAAGUUGGGGGCGCUGCCUGUGGCCUGGCUGGAGCGGACCAUGCGGUCCGUGGGGCUGGAGGUGUACACGCAGACCUUCUCCCGGAAGCUGCCCUUUCCAGAUGAGACCCACGAGCGCUAUAUCGUGUCAGGCACCAACGUGUACGGCAUCCUGCGAGCCCCGCGCGCUGCCAGCACCGAGUCCCUGGUGCUCACCGUGUCCUGUGGCCCCGACUCGACUAACAGCCAGGCUGUGGGGCUGCUGCUGGCACUUGCUGCCCAUUUCCGUGGGCAGAUAUAUUGGGCCAAGGACAUCAUCUUCCUGGUGACAGAGCAUGACCUCCUUGGCACCGAGGCUUGGCUUGAGGCCUACCAUGAUGUCAAUGUCACUGGCAUACAGUCCUCGCCGCUGCAGGGCCGUGCUGGGGCCAUACAGGCGGCCGUGGCCUUGGACCUGAGCAGUGAUGUGGUCACCAGCCUGGAUGUGGCAGUGGAGGGGCUCAACGGGCAGCUGCCCAACCUGGACCUGCUCAACCUCUUUCAGACUUUCUGCCAGAAAGGGGGGCUGCUGUGCACGCUGCAGGGCAAGUUGCAGCCCCAGGACUGGACCUCGCCAGAUGGGCCACUGCAGGGCCUGCAGACACUGCUGCUAAUGGUGCUGAGGCAGGCCUCUGGCCGGCCCCACGGCCCCCACGGCCUCUUUCUGCGCUACCGUGUGGAGGCCCUAACCCUGCGUGGCAUCAACAGCUUUCGCCAGUACAAGUAUGACCUGGUGGCAGUGGGCAAGGCCUUGGAGGGCGUGUUCCGCAAGCUCAACCACCUGCUGGAGCGCCUGCAUCAGUCUUUCUUUCUCUACCUGCUGCCUGCCCUCCUGCGCUUCGUCUCCAUCGGCCUCUACAUGCCGGCUGCCGCCUUCCUGCUCCUGGUCCUGGGCCUCAAGGCCCUGGAACUGUGGAUGCAGCUCCAUGAGGCUGGAGAGGGCCCCGAGGAGCCUGGAGGGCCCUCUGGACGUGCGCUUCCCCUCCCCCCAGCACAGGGUAUGGGGCUGGCCUCGCUUGUGGCGCCCAUGCUGAUCUCGCAGGCUGUGGGCGUGGCCCUGUACACGCUGCCCGUGCUGGGCCAGCACGUGGCCGCCCAGCACUUCCCCGUGGCUGAGGCCGAGGCCGUAGUGCUGACGCUGCUGGCCAUCUAUGUGGCGGGCCUAGCCCUCCCGCACAACACGCACAGGGUGCUGAGCUCACAGGCCCUGGACAAGGGCUGGAUGGCACUGAAGCUGGUGGCCCUCCUCUACCUGGCCCUGCAGCUGGGCUGCAUCGUCCUCACCAACUUCUCCCUGGGCUUCCUGCUGGCCGCCACCAUGGUGCCUGCUGCUGCCCUCACUGAGCCCCGCGGGCCCCGGCCACUCUACGCUGUCCUCCUGGUGCUGACAAGCCCAGCGGCCACACUGCUGGGCAGCCUGUUCCUGUGGCGGGAGCUGCAGGAGGCGCCGCUGUCUCUGGCCGAAGGGUGGCAGCUCUUCCUGUCGGCGCUGUCCCAGGGCAUGCUGGAGCACUACACCUACGGCUCCCUGCUCUUCCCGCUGCUGGCCCUGGGCCUUUACCCCUGCUGGCUGCUCCUCUGGCACGUGCUCUUCUGGAAGUGACGCCGCCCGCCCGACCCAGGCCCCGUCUCUCCGAGAAAUAAACAGGCGUGUGUUUCUGA